CCGGUUCUCCUCUCCCAUAUCGUUCGCCGUCACCAUUCCUCUUUGGCGUUCUCUUUACUUCUCUUCUUUUUUCCCAGAGCUUUUAGCCUUCCUCUCGUCUUCCCUCCAAACUCUCCCUCGUCUUCCCUCCAAACUCUCCUGCGAUGGCCAUAGAGAACGGCAAGGGCGACCGGGGCCUCGUCGUGAGCUUCGGCGAGAUGCUCAUCGACUUCGUGCCGACGGUCGCCGGCGUGUCGUUGGCCGAGGCCCCGGGAUUCGUCAAGGCUCCCGGCGGCGCGCCGGCCAACGUCUCCAUCGCCGUCUCCCGCCUCGGCGGCCGCUCCGCCUUCGUCGGCAAGCUCGGCGACGACGAGUUCGGCCGCAUGCUGGCCGGGAUCCUCCGCGACAACGGCGUCGUCGACGCCGGCGUCACGUUCGACUCCAACGCCCGCACCGCGCUCGCUUUCGUCACCCUCCGCGCCGACGGCGAGCGCGAGUUCAUGUUCUACCGCAACCCGAGCGCCGACAUGCUUCUCACCGAGGCCGAACUCAAUCUUGAUCUCCUCAGAAGGGCUGCAAUCUUCCACUAUGGAUCUAUAAGCUUGAUUGCGGAGCCCUGCAGAUCGGCGCAUCUGAGGGCGAUGGAGGUGGCCAAGGAAGCUGGUGCUCUGCUCUCCUACGACCCCAAUCUCCGGCUGCCCCUUUGGCCGUCGCCCAAGGAGGCCAGAGAGCAGAUCAUGAGCAUCUGGGACCUGGCCGACAUAGUUAAGAUCAGCGAUGCCGAGCUGGAGUUCCUGACCGGCGAGGCCUCCGUGGAAGUUGAGGUUGCCAUGAAGCUCUGGCGGCCCACCCUGAAGCUUCUCCUGGUCACCAUUGGGGACAAGGGAUGCAACUACUACACCAAGGAUUUCCAUGGAACAGUCGGAUCCUUCGUCGUCAAACAGGUGGACACAACGGGUGCAGGCGAUGCAUUUGUCGGCGCCCUGCUCCGAACCAUUGUCGAAGACGGAUCAGCCUUGCAAGAUGAGAAGAAAUUGAGGGAAGCACUGAGAUUUGCCAAUGCAUGCGGGGCAAUCACCGCCACCAAGAAAGGAGCGAUCCCUUCUUUGCCAUAUGAAUCAGAAGUCGUGCAAUUGUUGGAAAGAGCAUAAAGCGUAAUAAGAUUACUACUGGUUCCAUAUUUCCCCUUUUUUUACAAGCAUGUUGUAAUUUGAUUUUGCAUUUAAGAGCAUUAAGAGGGUUUAUUCUUCAUUUUUUUUCUUUUUCUGCUGAUUCUGAUUUCCAAUUCGCAAGCUUGUUUUGUU